UCUCUCUCUCUCUCUCUCUCUCUCUCUCUCUCUCUCUCUCUCUCUCACACCCCACCCUCCUCCGUUCCGAUCAGCACACGCCCCAUGAUUGGCUGAGCCUCGCCGGCGCAGGGCCGCAAUUGGAUCGGCGUGGCAGACCGGCGCUAAGCUGCGCUGGUGAUGGAGGGAGCGCUGUUGAAAUGGACCAACUAUAUUUCAGGUUGGCAGCCACGAUAUUUUGUGUUGGAGAAUGGCAUCCUCUCCUAUUAUGACUCUCAGGACGAUGUGGGCAAAGGCAGCAAAGGCAGCAUCAAGAUGGCUGUAUGUGAAAUCAAAGUGCAUGCAACCGAUUCCACUCGUAUGGAGCUGGUCAUCCCAGGUGAGCAGUACUUCUACUUGAAGGCAGGAGGUGCUGCUGAGAGACAGAAAUGGCUGGUAGCUUUGGGAAGCUCCAAAGCCUGCCUCGGGGAUAGCAGAAGCCAGAAAGAAAAAGAUCUGGACAUAAGCAACGAGUCCCUCGGAAGAAAACUGUCUGAACUGCGUCUAUAUUGUGACGUGCUGACACAGCAAGUGCUAGCUGUGCAGGAUGCAACACAACCUCAAGAGAAUGGAUCUCCUUUGGACAUACAGAAGAUGAAUGAAGCUUCGUCUUUAUUGCGGGCAACUUGCAGUCAGUUCAUCUCUACCCUAGAAGAAUGCAUGAAAUUUGCAAAUACUCGCUUGGCCCCUGAGCUGUAUCAUCCUUCAACAGUCCCUGAGCCUUCUGAUUUUGUGGGCACUAAACUUCCACAUUCCCACCGGGUUAGACGUUCUAUGAGCCACACAGGCAUCAUUUCCUCAGACAGAGUGCUGGAGCCAGCUCGGAUCCCGCCGGUGCCUCCCAAGGGCACUGAGACUGUACUGCGCAACUUGGAGGAGAUGGUGGUGUUCUGCUCACAGCAGUGGGGGCAACAGAGCUCCCAGUCUGGGAGUCCCCCUAGCACCAUAACUGAAGAAGCAGUCAGUAGGAGCCACCACCAGAUAACUGCAUGAGAUUGACCAGGGAGGGGAAAGACGGUGAGUUGGUAGAUAAACCAUUGUUGGUUCAGGACUUCCCAGUGGACUCAGCUGGUGGCAACCAGCCAGCAUAAUCUGGAUUUUUUUUGGUGCUUUCUCAGCUCCUGGAAUCAGCUCGGCUGCUCUUGAACUGAAACAGUCUGUCUGGGGGUUUCUCCUCUAGCUUAGGACUUACCAGCAGGCAGGAAGGGCUCCAGGUACCACAGGCAGCAUCAGUCCUGUUUUUCAGGCUUGUGCUUGCCGGGGGUUGGAGAACGCAACCCGUAUAUUCCAAAAUAGAUGCUGGCACUUAGGGGAUGGGUUGGGAAGAAAAAUAGGGAUUAGCUCUUCAGGCUAGGUUGGUAGGAAAGAAGAGGUCGCUCUCAAAAGCAUAUAGAAUGAUUAGUCAUUUCAUACCAGACAAGUCUUAUAUAUUUGCAUUUGGCCAUCUGAGAUACUUUGAGCCUGUAGGAAGUGUGGCCUGUUGCAGAGGCAGAAUACAAUCUUCUGCCAGCGAUCCUGCUAUAAUUGUCUGAGGGAGCCUUUCGGUCAGGAAUUCAGUCCAGAUGCAAGCAAGGGAGAUCUUGCUGAGCUCCUCGUCUUUUCUCAGCAGGGGUUUUUCCCGCCUGAGAUUUGGACUUCCCCCACAGAGCUUGCUGAGUAGGAUAGAGGAGUCCCUCGGAGCUCAUCAGAAUGCUCUUUGGUUCUACGUUAGAGCAGCACAGAGCAAAUGUCCACGGUAAUAGGACAAGCAGCCUCUCUGGACCUCCGAUCUGAAAGUGAAGUUGGGUUCCCUCACGUUAUCAGUCUCAUGCCUUUUGCAUAAAAGAGUGAAGUGUUAAGUCUUUCGGGAAUUGCCUGCCCUCUUUUUGUACAGACGCCCGGCAGCCUUGUGGACAUCUGCCUCCAUCUCUGUUUGAAGCUCUCUCGCAGGAAGAGCCCAGCCAAGGACGAGACUCUAAUUUUGAAUGAAGACUUUUAAUUUUGAAACGAAUGCAGUGUCGCGGCUAUAUGUUUUUUUCCCUGUGGGAUGGAAGUUGGCACCACUGGGGUUUUCCGCCAGAAGCAAAGCCAAAAACAAAACAGCCUCUUUUCAGGGUGGCCUGAUAUAGACCUAGAAAACAAGGCAACCUGCAUGUGGUCUCGCCUGCGAUACGGCAAAGGGGGGGGGGGAAACAAGUUCAGGAACACCUGGAACGAAUCCCUGUCUCUGCCGCUGAACAGGUGGUUGCAGUUUUAUAUAAAGAAUUGUUGCAUCACUGAAGCCCAGUGCAAAACUGAGAGGCAGGUGACUCAUAAUGGCAGAAACAAAUUGGGAAACAGCAGGGCACUAUUUCUGGCUCCCCUAGUGUUUUUUUUUUUCCCCUCCAUUGGAGAGAUGUCUUGUUUGGUUUAUGUUUAAUUUCUUUCUCGGGGCAUUUUAUGUAAUUGAACAAGGACUAGAUUUUUCUGGAGCUUUAAUUCUAAUUAAACCUGAGCAAGAAUCCACCAUUGCAUAGUCAAAGCCAGGUAUCCUUCUGUUACUUUUUGGAGCAUCCCAGGAAGGCUGAGAACCAGUUUGGGAUAAUGGUUAAGGCAUCAGGCUAGAAACUAGAGGACUUUGAAUUCUAGUUCUGCCUUAGGCGCAAAGCCAGUUGGGGACCUUGGGCCAAUCCUUCUCUCACAGCCCUAGGAAAGAGGCCAGGGCAAACCACUUUGGAAAAUCUUGCUAAGAAAACUGCAAGGAUUUAUCCAGGCAGUCACCAGGAGUGUACAUUGAUUCAAAGGUGCCCACACAUGCACACACACACGCACACACACAAAACGAUAGACAAGAAAUUCCUACAGAGGAGACAACCCUCCUUUGCCUCCAACUACUAGCCUUGCCCCACUGGAAGUGUCUUUGGGUGGCAUAGCACCCCAUUGUGUAAUGGGGCAGAACGCCCAAGAGUUACAACGUUAAAGGAAACUGGGCCCCAGAUCUCACAAGAUACACCAAGACUUGCACAGUGUCAGUGAUUUUUGUUGGUAUUCUUACUUGAAAUCUUGUGAAAGCUCAUACAAGAGCCAUUAAAUCUUUACUGGAUUGGUCAA